AUGAAAAAACGAUGGAAAACUAGCAAUGGGGUAUGGAGUUUGUAUAAUUUUGCAGAUAAAGUUGAUAUUCAGCUGAUGGCAGCUGGGCUAAUUCUUGCAUUGCUGCAAGCAGUUUUUCCGCCAUUUGUAUGGCUUGUAAUGGGUGAUUUUGUGUCACUCUCGAUCGUCCGUGAGUUAUUCAAAUCAACCAAAGAUAGACAUUUGGAUUUAUUUGAAUAUGCUAUAAAUGCUCAGAAUAGCUCACUGAACAAUACAUUCAAUACUUCUGAGGCUAUUUACGAAAAUUCAGCUCAAAAAAGUGAAAUUGACCUAAAAUUUGCAUAUUCGGCAACCCCUGCGUUUGUCAUGAUGCUAUCAUUGUCAUUAGCCACUUUUAUCGCUGCUUUUCUUCAGAGAUUAGCCUGGGAAGUUUCUGGAAUUAGACAAGUUUUUCGAGUUAAAAAAGCUUACAUUCGAAAAUUAUUGCACAUGGAUGUUGCAUGGUUAGAAUCUCGACAUUCUGGUCAAGUAGCCUCGAUGCUACAUGAGUGA